UAGACUAACUGUUUUCACAUCCAGUUUCGUAAGUGCUGCUCUCCAAACGCGCCUGCAGACAGCCGGCAGAGGUUUGCGCCUGUGCCCUGAGCCCUGACCCAGAGAAAGAACCACUCUGCCGUCCGGUCCCUGCGCCUCCGGCUAUGACGGUCAAUUUGGGGCUGUUUGCGAGAUGUUUGUUACUUUUUCUCUCGUCCGGCGCGCAAGAGAGGCGCAGCACGGAGAGAAAUUACUACGUGGGGAUCGUUGAGGACUUCUGGGAUUACGCACCCAGUGGAAAAAACCUGCUGAACGGCAAAUCCAUCGAAAGUGACGAGCAUGCUCGUGUAUUCCUUGAAAGCGGACCUCACCGCAUUGGCAGAGUUUAUAAGAAGGCCAUGUUCAGAGAGUUUACGGAUGCUUCCUAUAGCAGCCAGGUUCCUCGACCUAAAUGGUUGGGCUUUUUGGGACCCAUUCUGCGAGCUGAGGUUGAUGAUGUCAUUGUGGUCCACCUAAAGAACUUUGCAUCUAGAAACUUCACCAUGCAUCCCCAUGGUCUUUUCUAUGAGAAGAAUGCCGAAGGGGCAUUCUACCCAGAUGGAACCUCAAAUGCCUUGAAGCAGGAUGACAGUGUUCCUCCGGGAGGCAGCUAUACUUACCGCUGGGAAGUCAAACCAGAAUUUGCUCCCACUGAUGAUGAUUCCAAUUGUUUGACCUGGAUCUACCACUCCCAUUUAGAGACACCUAAGGACAUUGCCUCAGGGUUAAUUGGUCCUUUACUAACAUGCAAAAAAGGAACCUUGAAACAAAUGAAUGGAAUUCUUGUCCGUACUGACGUGGACAAGGAUGUGUUCUUGCUGUUCAAUGUGGUGGAUGAAAACCUGAGUUGGUAUCUAAAUGAAAACAUUCAAAGGGUAUCUGAUCCAGACGGGGUCGACACUGAGGACCCAGACUUUGAGGAGUCAAAUUUGAUGCACUCUAUCAAUGGGUUCACAUAUGGCAAUCUGCCCGGAAUCCAGAUGUGCCAGCACAGUACAGUGUCCUGGCAUUUGUUUGGGAUAGGUAACGAGGUAGACAUCCACUCAGCCUUUUUCCACGGAAAUACACUUUUGGACCGUGGCCACCGCACGGACACUAUAAGUCUGUUCCCAGCCUCGUUUGCUACAGCCGAGAUGGUCCCUUUAAAGGCAGGAAAGUGGCUACUGGCCUGCCAGGUUAAUGACCACUUGCAGGCUGGGAUGCAGGCCUUUUAUGAAGUGAAGCCAUGUGCCAGUGAGGGUACCUCCACAGCAACGGGUGGUGUAGUGAGGGAUUUUUACCUGGCAGCGGAGAAAGUCCUGUGGAACUAUGCUCCCUCAGAAAAGGAUUUGAUAAACAACGUUCCUCUUAUUGAAGCAGACAGUGCAUCAGAAGUUUUUUUUGGCACAGAAGGUGGACGAAUUGGAGGUUCCUACUUAAAAGUGAUAUACAGAGAAUACACAGACAACACCUUCACCACUGUGAAAUCACCAGUACACAGUCCUGCACACCUUGGAAUUUUGGGUCCAGUCUUGAGGGCAGAGGUGGGAGACACUCUCAGAGUGACAUUCAUGAAUAGGGCUGAAGGAAACUUCAGUAUUCAGCCACAUGGCCUUCAUUAUGAGAAACACUUCCAGGGAACCAGCUACAUGGAUGGUGUUAACAAGCCAGGCUCCCAUGUUGGCCAAGGUGAGACAUUCACUUACAUCUGGCAGGUGCUGGAAGGCCCAUCUUCAUCAGAUACUCCCUGCAUCCCAUACCUAUACUACUCUGCUACUGAUCCUACCAAAGACACCAAUUCUGGACUGGUUGGACCUCUGCUCAUAUGCAGAAAAGGAGUGCUGGCAGAGAAUGGAAUACAGAAAGGUGUGGAUAAGGAGUUCUUCCUCCUUUUUUCUGUUAUGGAUGAAAAUUUGAGCUGGUAUCUGGAUGAGAAUAUUGAGAGGUCGGGCAUUAACACAGAAGAAGAAAAUGAGGACUUUGAGGAGAGCAACAAAAUGCACGCUAUAAAUGGAUUAAUGUACGGGAACCUUGUGGGACUGGAUAUGUGUGUUGGCGACAAAGUUAUGUGGUACACCUUUGGGCUAGGGACUGAAGCAGAUAUCCACGGAGUCUAUUUUGAGGGAAAUACUUUCAAGAAACAAAGCACAACUCGAGAUACCCUCAGCCUUUUCCCUCACACCACUGCAGCUGUUUCCAUGCAGCCAAACUUUCCUGGUGUGUAUGAGGUGAGCUGCAGAACAACAGAUCACUUUUCAGCCGGCAUGAGGCAGAAAUACAAAGUGAACUUGUGCCCUGGAAAAAUAUAUAAGCACAAAAAUACUACACCCAGGAGGACUGUGCAGUAUUUUAUCGGUGCUGAGGAAAUCGUGUGGGACUACUCACCUGACAGACAAUGGGAGUUUGAGAAACACCACACGACCGCAGAGGACAGUCCAGGCAAUAUAUUUGUGGUGAGAGGGAAAAACAGUAUUGGCUCCCGCUAUAAGAAAGUGGUGUAUAGGGAAUACACAGAUGAAACCUUCAAAAUUCAGAAGGAACGACACCCUGACCAACAACAUUUGGGCAUCAUGGGGCCCAUAAUCAAAGGAGAGGUGGGAGAACAGAUAGUGAUCACAUUCAAGAACAAAGCCAGUCGACCAUAUUCCAUCAGUCCUCAUGGAGUUAAAGCCAGUGGGGCACACACCCCUGUCGCACCUGGCCACAUUAUUGAGUUGACAUGGGAUAUUCCUGAAAGCUCAGGGCCAGGGAUUACAGAUCCUAACUGCAUCUCCUAUGCCUACUAUUCCUCCGUUAACUUCAUCAAGGAUCUGUACAGUGGCCUUCUGGGGCCUCUGGUAAUAUGCAGGCCUGGGACCCUGAAGCGUGGUAAGGGGUCCGAAAGACAGAGGAGGGACAUAGCGAAGGAGUUUGCACUCCUUUUUAUGAUUUAUGAUGAAAACCAGUCCUGGUACCUGGAUGACAACAUCAAAACAUAUCUUGGCAUUGAUCCUGAAAUCUUUACGCCAGACGAGGACUUUGAAGAGAGUAACCUGAUGCAUGGAAUUAAUGGUAAACUAUAUGGUAACCUUCAUGGACUGGUGAUGACACGAGGCCAGAAAGUUGACUGGUAUCUUCUGGGCAUGGGCAACGAAGUGGACUUGCACACUGUUCACUUCCAUGCCGAGGCUUUCACCUAUAAGACCGACCGUGUGCAUCGUGCGGAUGUCUUUGAUCUGUUCCCUGGGACUUUCCAGACUGUGGAAAUGGUGGUGGGUAACCCAGGGACAUGGCUACUUCAUUGUCACGUGUCUGACCACAUCCAUGCGGGGAUGGAGACCACUUUUACCAUCAAUGAGAGGCUGUACUCACAAGCAGCCCCGGGAGCUGAAGUUUCCAUAAGUAUGCUCAUACUUUCACUUACGUUUGGGCUUUCAGGAGUUGCUCGACUUUACUAGUGAAAAACUCUUCAUGCACCGGUGAAAGACACUUGAUUGUACGUGUGCAACCACAACAGAUGCCUUAAAUGCAAUGAGAACAAAAUCUUUGCUCAAAGAUAGUUGUUUUUGUCUUAAGAAAAGAUUGUGCCAGUAGAACUAUUAUCAACCACUGUUUGGUCAAGCAACUCUUUUUUUUUUCUCAGAACAAAAAAAAGUCCUCUGAGCUGCGGUGUUUUUUUUAAACUACUGUAUAUUCAAAGGUGUUAGUGAAGAUUAUUUUCAAAGUAUGUGAAAUCAAUUUUUUUACACUGAAUAUGAAUGUGCAAUAAAGAUAUUUACAUUCGUCUAUCAGUAGUCUGGAUUCACUGGGGAGGUAUUACUUCUCUGUGUGCUAGUGUUGCCCAACACCACAAGGUGGCAUUCAUCCAAUCUGAAAAAAAAGAUGCCUAGACAACAGGCAGGAGGCAACUUACGUUUUUUGUGUGUCAAAGUUAGUACCAAUACUACACUUAUAUGCCAUGACAAUAAAGGGACACUUAUUCAUCUGUGUCAUGAUAUGUAAAGCUUUCAAAAGACAAAGAUUUUGCAGUUAUUUAGAGUGUUGGGAUUGCAUCCACAGUGGAAAGUGAUUCCACAUCGAAUACUUUUCAUCCUUUAUUUAUAUAUAAAGGCCAGACUUUCAAAGUACUUUCUUGCAAACAAAAGUGCUGCAUUUAAAAUGUAACUAAAAUUGCAUAUUCUUGACUUUACUAUAACAGUUGCUGAGUUUGCAACCAAAUAAAUAGAAUGAAAAAUACAUUCUUCUGACGUUUGGUGAUGUAGAAAAUAAAAAUUGGAAUG